GUCGUAGCCGUUGUAGCCGUCGUUGUGUCGUCGUCGUCGUCGUUGUCGAAUUGUUGGCUUGUGUUGAGGUGAAGCGGGGUACCGAGUCUUGUCGGCGAGGGGUUACGAAGGGGCAAGGGAGAGGCACCCGUAGCUCCGCUUUACCGCCGCAUUCUCGAGCGUUCGUCUCCGUUCGUCUCCUCGUACGGCAAGCAGCCGAGUGAGCUCACGUCGUGUGUUGCGCGCAUAUCAUUAUUUCGUGUCUCGUGUCUCGUGUUCAACCUAGAAUACGGUUUCUCACGUAUAUAUACGUUUUUCAUUGGCGUUCCUCGAUGCAUCGUUACCGAUGCUGAUCGAGCCAUUACGAAUUUUUUCUUACGAUUUUUCUUACGUCGAUAAAACGACGGUGAAAGGUUUGUCGAAAGGAUAAAGCAGUGUGGUAAAAAUAUCUGGUGUCCGAGUAACGUGUUCUUCUUUUCCCUCUGCUCCGCCUUUGCGGCGCGUCUCUGUUGGCUUCGGGGCCGUCUCCUAUACGCGGUUUGCUAAAAUCCCGGCGCAGUUAUCGACGAAAUUGAGCAUCGUCGCGUCGAUCCAUGUAGCCUGCUACACGAGAGUGGAAAGGAAAUGUGAAAGACGGUGGGAGUAUCAAAGUGAUUCCUUCCCAGUGCACAGUUGCUUUUUCUAUUGGUGUUUAUUAUACGGUAUAAAUAGAGUUUCUUCGACUGGUGAAUAUGCUUAAAAAUCGACAUUGUGGAUAUUGAUAUUGAUAUUGAAAUUGAAAGUGUAAUAAAGAAUAAGAAGGUGUAAGAAAAAGGAUAAAUAAGGAACAGAAAGAGGAUUAAAGUGGUGGAUGUGAGCGAUAUCGGUGGUGUGUGGUGGUAGGUCGUUUGUGACUAGUCGCGUCAUCGAAUUUUCACGGGACGAAGGAAUCGUCGAGCAAAAUGAUGGGAAAGAGAACGCAGUGCUACUUGUGCGAUCUUCCCAGGAUGCCUUGGGCGAUGAUCACCGAAUUUUCCGAGCCUGUGUGCCGUGGUUGCGUGAAUUACGAGGGCGCCGACAGGAUAGACGCGGUAUUGGAAUCGGCCAAGCAAAUGAAAAAGGCACAUGGUUUCCACGAAGCCAGAUCGUCCACGUCGAAAGCGUACAGAACGUCCGGGCACACGGAACAUAACGGUGCUACUAAUUUAGACGUUCUACCUAUACAGAAUACUGGCCAGAGCCAUUCACGGCAUCACAAUAUCGCUGGUUACUCGCAACUACAUCAUCGAAAUUCAAUUACCGAAUUUAAUUCCGGCACCUCGCGGCAACAGAUCUCACGGCAACACGAAGAAACACACGAUAUCACGAAUGGUAUGAGAAAUAAUAACGUGAGAAUCCCGAACGCCCACUUAGCUGCUGUGGCGCAUCACGUGAACCUCAGUCACAACAGAGGCAUCGCACAGCUCAAACGUGGUAUCUCGACCAUCGACGAGGACGAACACGCCGAGAAAAGGCUUUCGCUCGAAGAACAACAUCCAGUCAGGCCUCCGUUGACCAGAGGUGAUUCCUUGCCAGCUGUAAGUCUCGCCGUUAGCUACGUACAAGACAGAAACAAGGAAAAACAUCCUGUAAGAGCACCCAGUUUCGAGACCGCCACUACUUUUAAGACCACUGGAGGAUACGUUGGCCCGUCUAUUCCUUUGGCGCCAGCAAAUGUAGCGGCGAAUGGUGGAGGUUCUCCUCUUCGUCCACGAACGAGUCCUCCACCACCGCCGCCACCAGCGCAAGAAGGUUCAACCGAUAAUUCACAGACGAAUCAUCACCAGGGUACAACAAAUGGCCCUUCGCCUAUGGCCGCGCUCAUGUCUGUUGCCGAUAAUCUAGCCUCACCCGAAUCGGUACCACAACCGCCAAACAAUCCGAGCCCGACCAGCAGAAGCCCACCGACCACGGCAACGAAUGCUCAGCAACGCAGUGCCUCCAGAGGUUCACAGCACAGCCCGAAUAGUUCAGGGUCCUCGGGCAGGAGGUCGAGCGGUUCAAGGCACGUCUCCUCGACGACCGUGACAACGUCGUCCGAAGGAGCGGUAGCGCAGGUUGCCGGUGCUGCUGAACAAGUAUCGGCACCUAUAUUAAAAUGCACCCUGUGUCAAGAACGUCUCGAGGACACGCACUUUGUUCAGUGUCCUAGCGUGCCUCAUCACAAAUUUUGCUUCCCUUGCAGCCGGGAAAGCAUAAAAAGACAGGGUGCUGGCUCGGAGGUUUAUUGCCCCAGCGGAGAAAAGUGUCCAUUGGCGAACAGCCAAGUGCCGUGGGCAUUCAUGCAAGGCGAGAUAGCCACUAUCUUGGGUGACGACACCACGGGCUCUGGGCUCAAAGUAAAGAAAGAGAGGGAAACUUAAAGAUUCUCUUUAACGUUUAAAUCGGGGCUAAAAUUUUGCACCCUCUUCAACUGAGGAGGGUAUCAUGGUGUGAAACCGUGAAGGUACACCAAAAACAAAUAAAUAGAAAAAAAAACACACACUUUUGGUAACGGUGAUACAAGAAGUUGGUGAUGACGUUGAAAACACCAACGUUCGAUUCGAGCCAAAGGCGUUGUCGGUGUAAAAUUGGAAUAAUCACCAUGAUUGUUGACGUUGUCGGGGGAAAGUGGACGAUUUUAUUUCUCAAACGACGAAACGUCCCGUUUCCGUUUCGCUGAAUCAGGCUUCAUGAAAGCUGAUGACCUGAUCGGCGGAGCUGUGAUUGUUUUCACCCGAUCGAUACGCCUUCGAUCGGGGAUUGUUUUCGACUUGGUCUUGAGAAGAAGUCUUUGGCAUAUUUGCACGCUGGCGUCGGUUUUAUGACACGUGUUUGUACAUACGGGGUUAUGUCGUAGAACGGUUUAACGCGCGAGAAACAAACGUGUAAUUUUCUCUCGAAUGAUAUACAAUAUAAACGUAGAGAAACCGAGAAGUGGAGAGAUUUUUGUGUCAGGGUUGGGUUUGUACUUAGGCUCGAUCUGCCUUUGUUUUAUCGUUUCUUGUCUCCGCGAAUGUUUUCGCGGUUUUUUUCGAGUACAACAGAAGCAACAACAACAACAUACAGAUACGUAUACACAGGACAAAUAUUUAACGUACACGUAUUAACACGUACGCCCGCACGAUUUUGCUUCAACCAUACACACACACACACACACACACACACAUACACCCCAUUACACUCAAAUACACUUUCUGUACACGUAUAGAAAAAGAAAGGUAUAAAACACGAUACCGCAAAAAUUGACCGUCUGUAUAUUGUACUUUAUUUUUACUCACGCUACAAUUGCGUAAUCGCGGAUCAACCGAAGCGACAAUGCUUUCGGUGUUUGAAUCGUCCUUUUCUAAUGUUUUAUUUGUAUACUCUUUCUACUACUGCUACUAUUACUACUAGUACUAUUACUACUACUACUACUACUACUACUAUUACUCCUACUAUUACUUCUACUACUACUAUUACUACUACUACUACUACUACUACUACUACUACUACUACAACACUCAUUGUACGAUAACGAAACAGAGGAGAAAAAGAAAAAAGGAAAAAGAAUGGCGGAAAUAUUUAGACCCAGCGUACGGGUUUUUUCUGUACAUUGUGUAUAUGUGUACAUACCGCGUUAUUAAUAAAACUUACGACUAAAGGAGUAACCAUUUUUAAAUGUACAAAAGAAACUUACAUUUGUUUGCGUAUUAAUAUCCGUUAAAUUAUUUUCUUUCUUCUUUCUUUCGAAUUAAUGUAAAAGAUAAUCGUGCGUCUAAAGAAGAAAAAUACUGCAAGACGUUUGUGUUUAAAACGCUCGUCGCGUUGUUUUUCUAUGCGUACUACUUGGUUUUUCUUUUCUUUUCCUUUUUCUUUCGUUCAUGCGAAUCGUGAAAUGUUGUAUAUCUCUUUGAUAUUCGAAGCCAGAAUGGGGGCUGGCUCGAAGGGGAGGCGAACAUCGUUCUUGUUUCAGUCAUUUGUAAAACGGAUCUUAAUUGUCCGAUCGUGUAACGUCCACUUUCGCCUUUAAGUUAAUCGCUAGACUUUAAGUGAGGGCCUUUUGGUUUUUCAUUUUGCCGAUGAAAAAGAAGGUACGCCCGUCAAAUAGGAACCAUACACUCGCUAUGUCUUAAAAAAAAAAAAAAAUAAUAAUAAUAAAAAAAAACGUGUAAAACAAAUGGAAAAAAAGAAUCACAAGCAUACGUAACGUUCUCUUGCUGGUGUCCGAGAACCUUUUCUUCUUUUUCGUUGUUUUUCUCACCAAGAAAAAGGAUUUUUCGGAUACACAGGCAACUCCUUUUUUGUAUAUAUUUGUAUAAAAGAAGAAGAAAAGAAGAAAAAUUUUUUAAAACAUAUUGGCACAACGCGAAAGGAGCGGCGAUCGAAAAAUUUACUCGCGAAACGAGAUUAGCGGUGCCGCGGACAUUUUCUUUUUCUAUCAUCGUUGUCGAGAGAGAAGGGCUCUGAAAAUCAUUUUCAAGCGGAAUCUUGAGGAUCGUUUCCCUUGGUCAACGGCGCUCUUUGUUUUAUUUUUAUUCUUUUUUUUUUUCCUUGAAUUUCCUCGUUGUUUCGUGAUUGAAACAACCGUGUUUAGAGGCUAUCUGCGUAGCGUUAAGCGGCUUAUGUACCGAGAUAUCGUGGAAAAUUGAUUAAACGAGAGAGGGAGAGAAUGUAUGAAAAUUGUACGCGAGCGAGAGAGUGAAAAUGUAAGAAAGGAGAAAAGAGCAAAGUUGAUCGUAGCAAUACUUAACAGAGGCUGUACGUGAUAUUUUUUAGUCCAAGGCAGGUAGUUUCUACCUUCUUCAAUGUCAAAGGUGAUUAACGGUACUCGUUUAUGGGUUUAUACCUAUCCGCUUGUAAGACAAACAAACAAAACAAAAAAAAGAAUACUUUGUAGCAAAAGCAGUUGUGUUAGUUUCUCAACGCAGAUACGACCUCUUAUUUCUUCUUUUUCAUCACACGUAUGAUUUGUGAACCGGUACUCUCUUAGAAAGUUGGUUCUUUGACGGUUUCUUUGUUCUUUUUUUUUCCUUUUUCUUUUUUUUUUUAUUUUAUUUAUUUUAACUGUGAACGAUUGAAUUAUUGCGAGCGAGCCGAAGAAGAAUUCUUAAAACGGAUUAUUGUUACACUUGGUUUCGUCCAAUUUGUCGUCUACCGAACAUUUAAUCUUUCUCUUUGGUGUUAUUCGUUGUCUUUCGCACUGUCGACGCUUGCUCAAUUUACGAAAGGAAGAAAACUAACGAACCCUUAUUUCAGUUCCCUUUUUUUUUCCUUUCUUCUUAUUUAGGAGCGCAAACGUUUUUUCAUAUAGAGCCUGUAUUUAUCGUUCGUUUCGUUUCAUUUUCGUUUUGUUUCAUUUCCUAUGAUUCUCGUCAAAAUAGCUUAUACACAGAAUACACACGAAAGCGGAAGUACGAAAUAAUACGUCGAAUAGCAAUUGUAGUAGUGGAUAAUGAAAUUUUCUAGUAUACCAUACCUCGAAGAACGCGUAAACACUGUACUGUUUAUCGUAUGUAUGCAACAUGCAAAAGCAAAAUAUAUGUGUUGAUGUGUAAUAA